AUGAGGUUGCCUUCUAAGCUCAAUCCUUCUCUCUUUCACUCUCUCUUUCAGGAUGCAAGUUGUCCAAUUCUUAUUUUCCGACAACUUUUACAGGCCAAUGCCACCCCCAACGAUGUUACCUUUUCUUUACUCAUCAAAGCUUGCAUUUCCUCCCAUUCCUUUUCCCGCGCUUCACCCUCCGCGACCUUACAAGCCUACCAGAUUCAAACUCACUUGUUCAAACGGGCCACUGACAAAUUUCUGUAUGUAAACACCGCUAUCAUUGACUUCUACAUGAAACUUGGCUUCACCACUCACGCACGCCAACUGUUCGAAAAUAUGCUUUCUAAAGAUGUUGUUUCAUGGAACGUGUUGAUUUGUGGAUAUUCACAAAAUGAGCUCCCUCGUGACGCUCUUCAACUCUUUGUGCACAUGCUAAGAGAAAGUUUUAGGCCUAACCAAACAACAAUUGCUAGUUUGUUGCCCUCAUGUGGUCGUCGCGAAUUUAUUCUUCAAGGUGAAUCCAUUCAUGGGUUUGGGAUCAAAGCCGGCCUUGGUUUGGAUCCACAAUUGAAUAAUGCCCUUACCUCAAUGUAUGCUAAAUUUAAUGACUUGGAAGCAUCCCAACUCUUGUUUGUAGAAAUGGGUGAGAAAAAUGUUAUCUCUUGGAAUACCAUGAUUGGUGCCUAUUGCCAAAAUGGUUUUCCGCACAAGGCGGUUUUGUGCUUUAAAGAGAUGCUGAAGGAAGGUUUGAAACCCAGUCCAGUGACAAUGGUGAACCUUACGUCAGCUAAUGCGGUUCCGGAAACUGUCCAUUGUUAUGUUGUCAAAUGUGGCUUAACCAGUGACGCUUCUGUUGUAACCUCCCUAGUUUGUCUACAUGCAAAGCAAGGGCUCACAGAUAUGGCAAAAUUGCUUUUCAAAAGUUAUUCCACAAAGGACCUGAUUUCGAUAACUGCGAUAAUCUCUAGCUAUUCGGAAAAAGGUGAUGUAGAGUCUGCGGUGGAGUGUUUUAACCAAACUCUACUGCUAGAGAUAAGAUUAGAUGCAGUUGCAUUGAUUGGUGUCCUACAUGGAAUUACUAAUCCUUCUCAUUUUGCCAUUGGAUGUGCUUUCCAUGGUUAUGGGUUGAAGAACGGGCUGACUAAUGAUUGCUUGGUUGCAAAUGGGCUAAUAAGCAUGUAUUCGAGAUUUGAUGAGAUAGAAAGUGCCUUAUCUUUGUUUUUUGACAGGAGUGAAAAACCAUUGGUCACUUGGAAUUCUGUGAUAUCUGGUUGUGUUCAGGCUGCAAAAUCAAGUGAUGCAAUGGAGUUAUUCUGCCAAAUGAACACGUAUGGACAAAAACCAGAUGCCAUUACCAUCGCUAGUCUACUAUCAGGGUGUUGCCAGCUUGGGUACCUGCGGAUUGGAGAGACACUACAUGGAUAUAUCCUUAGAAACAAUGUGAAAGUGGAAGAUUUUACAGGAACUGCUCUGAUAGAUAUGUAUUCCAAGUGUGGAAGAUUAGAUUAUGGUGAAAAGGUAUUUUAUAGCAUCAACGAUCCAUGUUUGGCAACUUGGAACUCCAUCAUAUCGGGUUAUAGUUUAUAUGGACUUGAACACAAAGCUUUCCGUUGUUUUUCUAAACUGCUUGAACAAGGACUUGAACCAGAUAAAAUCACCUUCUUGGGAGUUUUAGCUGCAUGCACCCAUGGGGGGCUUGUCUACGCAGGAAUUGAAUACUUUCGUAGCAUGACAGAAAAGUACGGUUUGAGGCCAACUUUGCAGCAUUAUGCUUGCAUUGUCGGUCUCCUGGGUCGGGCAGGGUUGUUCGAGGAAGCAAUGGAGGUUAUUAAAAACAUGGAAAUUCGGCCUGAUUCUGCUGUCUGGGGAGCAUUGUUAAGUGCUUGUUGCAUUCAACGUGAAGUAAAGCUUGGGGAAUGUUUAGCCAAAAAUAUGUUUUUAUUGAAUUAUAGAAACGGUGGAUUUUAUGUAUUGAUGUCAAAUCUUUAUGCGAUCGUUGGGAGGUGGGAUGAUGUAGCGAGGGUGAGGGAUAUGAUGAGAGAUAGUGGAGAUGGAUGUUCAGGUGUUAGUGUUAUUGAAGUGACACCAAACAGAGACGCGAAUAACAAUUUGUGCCCAAGUGAGGUCAAUUUUUUUAUUAUGCGUCAGAAUUUAUAA